UUUGCUCUAUAACAUCCAUGAACUGUACCUUCAAUAGUUGAGGAUUAUGUGAAUAAUCAACUUUCGCAGAUCGCCCAAGCAGUCAAACUGGAUUGAAGAAACAAAGAAUGAUGGAUUCGGACUCGUCCGGUGCGGACUUCUGCCGUUUCUGUCGAUCGGAGGCUUCAUCAGAUCGGCCGCUGUUCCAUCCGUGUAUCUGUACGGGAUCGAUAAAAUGGAUCCAUCAAGAGUGUUUAGUGCAAUGGAUGAGAUAUUCGCGGAAAGAGAUCUGCGAGUUGUGCGGGCACCGGUUCUCGUUUAUGCCGAUUUACUCUCCGGAUAUGCCGCGGCGACUGCCGCUCCGCGAUGUGGUUGGCGGGCUGGUAACGUCGGUAGCGUCGGCGGUAAAGGACUGGCUGCACUACACGCUGGUGGCGCUCGCGUGGCUGGGCAUCGUACCCCUUACUGCCUGCAGAACCUAUCGCUGCUUAUUCUCCGGUUCGCUGGACCCCGUCAUUUCUCUGCCUUUUGAUAUUGUAUCUGCUGAGAAUCUGGCAAAAGAUGUGUUCUCUGGCUGUUUUGUGGUUACAUGCACUUUGUUUUCAUUUAUCGGGCUUGUGUGGCUGAGAGAGCAGAUUAUGCAUGGUGGAGGUCCGGAUUGGAUGGAGAGGGAGAUUUUGCCCAUUCCUGCUGCAGAGGAUAUGCCUCUGCCAGACAAUAAUAAUGAUAGAGUCAAUGAUGGGGCACCAAAUGAGGGUGGACCUCAGGAUGAGGGAAAUGGGGAAGGAGCGGAAGACCCACUAGUUGGAGAUGAAGGGAAUUGGAAUCCAAUGGAAUGGGACCGAGCGGCCGCUGAGGAGUUGACAUGGGCACGAUUACUCGGUUUGGAUGGAUCAAUGGUAUUUUUGGAGCAUGUGUUUUGGGUUGUUUCCCUGAACACAUUAUUCAUAGUGGUGUUUGCUUUCUGCCCUUACCAUAUUGGGCGAUUGGGAGCUGCAUUAGCAGGGCUGGCAGCUGAGGGACCAUUUGGUGGUCCUCUGACUGCCCUGGCGGGGUACAUGAUAGUUGGAACAGUGUUGGCAGUACUGCAUGGAGUGGCAUCAUUGCUGAGGCUCAGGAGUGCUAAGAAGGCAUUGGGAUUUUGCUACGUAGUUGUCAAAGUUGCACUGCUCUCUGUUGUGGAGAUCGGCGUAAUCCCAUUAGUAUGCGGCUGGUGGCUAGACCUAUGUUCCCUCACGAUGUUCGACGCAACCCUCAAGGAUCGUGAAGCAAGUCUUCAAGCUGCUCCCUGGACCCUCAUGUUCAUACACUGGCUCGUUGGAAUGGUCUAUGUCUACUACUUCGCAUCAUUCAUACUACUGCUAAGAGAAGUACUGAGACCAGGCGUACUUUGGUUCUUGAAAAACCUGAAUGAUCCUGACUUUAGUCCGGUGCAGGAAAUGAUUCACCUCUCCGUAUGGUCUCACAUUCGGCGGCUAGUGGUGUCGGCGAUGAUAUUCGGUAUUGCCGUCCUGUUCAUGCUAUGGCUACCCAUACGCGUCAUCAAAUACGUGUUGCCUGGGUUCCUGCCGUACGCUGUUGCCGUACAUACCGAGGCGCCAGUCAAUGAACUCAGCUUGGAACUACUUUUACUGCAGGUGAUUCUACCAGCUCUUCUGGAACAAUCGCACACUCGUACCUGGCUGAAAGCGGGUCUACGCGGUUGGUGCGCGUGUGCAGCUGGUGUAUUGGGCCUGCGAUCUUACCUGUUGGGCGAAGCCUCCAGACAUGAUGCUAGGCCGCCGCAUCAGGACCCUCACCCUCCGCAUCAAUUGGGUGCUGCACACCAGGCUUUAAUGCGCCGCGAUGGUCCGGCGGGCUUCGAACCGUACGUGCGCGUGGCGUGGUUCCCCGUCCGGCUCGCUGCUCUGCUCGUCCUCGUUUCUAUCUCGCUUGUGCUUGCCAGUGCUCUCACUCUCGUGAUUCCAGUGGCAAUCGGGAGGAAAGUGAUGGCGUUAUGGCUUCCCAAAGCGUCAGAGGGAGUACACGAACUCUACACUGCCGCUUGCGGCAUGUACGUGUGCUGGGCGCUAGGUCGCGGCGGCACGCUGGCGGCCAGCUGGGCGCGCGGGGGGCGCGGGGCGCUGCUGACUCGGCUGGCGAUGUGGGCCCGUGUGGCCGCCCGCGCCGCACUGGCCGCCGCCGCGCUGCUCGGCCUCGUGCCCCUCAUGUUCGGCCUGCUGCUCGAGCUGGUACUGGUAAUCCCAUUGAGGGUCCCAUUGGAGCAGUCACCGGUGCUGUUCGUGUGGCAGGACUGGGCGUUAGGCGUGCUCUACACUAAGAUCGUUUGCGCGCUUACUAUGAUGGGCCCCGAUUGGCGCAUGCGACGAGCCAUCGAGAAGGCUUACCGUGACGGAAUACGCGAAAUGGACCUCAAGUUCAUCCUCACCGAAGUGGCAGCCCCCAUCGUGUGCUGGCUGGGGCUGGCGCUGGCGGUGCCAUACGCGCUAGCACAUUCGGUGGCGCCGCUGCUGGUGGCGUCCCACGCGCAGCGCAAUCUGCUCGCUAGGCGCGUCUAUCCCGCUCUGCUACUCAUCACCGUCUUGACUGCGCUUGCCGUCUUCCAAAUCCGACAAUUCCGUAAGCUGUACGAGCACAUAAAGAACGACAAAUACCUCGUGGGGCAACGACUCGUCAACUAUGAUCACCGACGGCAAAAGCAGGCUACGGUCACGAACUGAUUCACCAUACCGCCGCGGCGUGCGUGUGAGAGAGACGAAUAUACUUAUCGCGGUCUGACCUCGAAAUGCGAUCUCUUUGUGAUUUAAACAGAUUGAGAAUUGGACUCGUGAAUAAUUGUUUUGUUUUUACGACUUAACAUUUUGUUUUUCUUUACUAUCUAUCGUUCUUAGCGAGUCUUAUGAACUUUGUUUUUCUGACCAAUACAUAUAGAGACACGCCAAAUUAUCUACGUACAUUAAGACACUCGAAGUGUCACGAUGAAAUUGCAAUUUUCAACGCAGUGUUAAUGGCGUAAGCUACAAUUCUCAACCAAGAAUUUUGGCGGCACGUAUAACUCGCCGUAACCCAUUGUAUGUAUUUUACUGCUAUGCAUAUAUUCCCUAAGAAGGGCGUAUUAAGCUAUAGUCUAAUAUGCUUGUGCAAUACUAAUGAAAAGUCACUUUGUUUAAAAGUAUACAUAAGUAAAAUAAUAAUAAUUAUAAUAAUGAUAUAUCGAUUAUGAAUAUAAAUUUUAGCAAAAACGAUGACGUGUAAUCAAAUCGACAAUCGAAUAAAUAAUGUAAAUAAAAACAACUUUCACAAAGCAUACAGAACAGCCAAUUAUAGGUACACAACACAAACGUUAUUAUAAUGUGAAAUAUUAUCAGAGAUGGGCAAGGGCCAGGGUUUUAACCCUGCGCUUUGUUAACGCCGGAUUUUAUUCGGGUUAAAACCCAUUAUCCCGAAAUCGAGGACAAAAACUAUUUACAAACGAAAUAUUUGUCAAUCGAGUUUUGUACAAAUGUAAUGAUAUCAAUAUAAAAUGUUUAUUGCUUUGUCACCUAUUUCACCUUUCUUUUGAAUCAAUUCGCUUGAAAAUAGGAUUAAAAUCUAUACAGAAAUUCGUUAUUGUACCGUUAAAUCGUUUUUCAUAAAAAUCGAAACGUAAUGUGCAUCCCUACUAGUAAGUAAGACUCCAGAGGAUGGCAAGGUGGUAUAACAAGGGGUAUUGUGUGGAGUUGCUAGUUUCGUCUAAAAAACAUUUUUUACAUCGAAAUUUCUAAUAAGUAUGGAAUUAUAACAAAUUAAUAGUAUAAUGUAUCCGCCCACGGGUUUUGGCAGAAAUGGGUUAAAACCUUAUGGGCGAAAAUAGGCGAGUUGAUUUGGUUUUAACCCAUUGCCCAUCUCUGUAUAUUAUGAUGUUUUAAUCAGCGGCUACAAUAAAAGGAAUAUUAUUUUGAAAAUAAGUUCUGACGCUUUAUCUGAAUAAUAUGUGAAUGUGAUGUUUUUCUAUGUAAUGAGGGUAGUAAACUUUAUUUAGUGAAGAUCAGUAUCAUAAUAUAAUUAGACAAGUACGGUAACUUCAUACAAACGGAGCAGCAUGACUUAUACGUGUGCGCGCCCGCUACGCGCUGUGAACGGCCGCACCCAUUCGCAUAAUUUCGCGAUUGCUCAGCACUAGUCGUCACACGCGCAUUUCAUUGUAUACCUAUUUCUGCUGUCAAGCAGUAAUGUGAGCAUUACUGCGUUCCAGUUAUGAAGGUAAGGGUGCUGGUGAAAUGGCACCUGAGACUUGUCUACUUUUGUCUCAGGGUGACGCGCGCAG